CGGGGCGGGGAGCGGCGGUGCCUGAGUCCGGCGCGGACGUGCUGCGGCUGCCGGGCGGAGGCGGUUCCGCGCCCGGCGGAAACAAGCAGCGGGGAAGGAAGGGAGCGGCGGCGGGAGCCGGGAGCCGCGGCCACCAUUAGUCGGCGGCGGGAGGAGCGGGAGCAGCAGCAGCAGCCGCGGGGGGCUGCGGGCGGAGCGCGAGCGGAGCGCGGUGCCGCCGCCUCGCCCCUCCGCCUCGCGGGGAUCGCCGCUGCCCGCCGGGGGCUUCCCCGCAGCCAGGGCGAGAUGGAGCAAUUAUCAGAUGAAGAGCUUGACCAUGGUGCAGAAGAAGAUAGUGAUAAGGAAGAUCAGGAUCUGGACAAGAUGUUUGGGGCCUGGCUGGGAGAACUAGACAAACUCACACAGAGUUUGGAUACAGAUAAACCUGUGGCACCAGUGAAGAGAUCACCUCUCCAUCAGGAAACUAAUCUGGCCAACUUCUCAUAUCGUUUCUCCAUGUACAAUCUGAAUGAAGCCCUGAAUCAGGGGGAGACUGUGGAUCUAGAUGCCCUCAUGGCUGAUCUCUGUUCCAUAGAGCAGGAGCUCAGCAGCAUUGGGUCUCAUUCAGCAAAUAAUACUGCAGUGAAACGCCUUGCCACAGAACCCAAAGCUCAGAAACCACCUGCUAGCCGACCUUCUACUAAGCACAGCAGUAUGAAAGGAUUAUCCUCUUCAUCUGGUAAGGUGACUAAACCAUCACAUGCCAACGUUUCUUUGGAUGACAUCACUGCACAGUUAGAGAAAGCCUCUUUGAGCAUGGAUGAGGCAGCCCAGCAGUCAGUUGCAGAAGACACCAAACCAGUAGUUACUGCUCAGCACAGGAGGACAGCAUCAGCUGGCACAGUGAGUGAUGCUGAGGCGCGCUCAAUCAGUAACUCCUCCCGUUCCAGCAUAACUUCUGCAGCUUCCAGCAUGGACUCCUUGGAUAUUGAUAAGGUGACAAGGCCUCAGGAACUGGACUUGACAUCACAAGGGCAACCAAUCACUGAGCACUCCUAUUUGGACAGGGAAACCUCCCUCCUUCUCCGAAACAUUGCAGGAAAGCCUUCUCACUUGCUGACCAAGGAGGAACAGGCUGCUAAACUGAAAGCUGAGAAGAUCAGAGUUGCAUUAGAGAAGAUUAAAGAGGCACAAGUGAAAAAGUUAGUGAUCAGAGUCCACAUGUCUGAUGACAGCUCAAAAACAAUGAUGGUGGAUGAGAGGCAGACAGUGCGACAAGUAUUAGACAAUCUGAUGGACAAAUCUCAUUGUGGUUACAGUUUAGACUGGUCAUUGGUGGAAACCAUCUCCGAACUGCAAAUGGAAAGGAUCUUUGAAGAUCAUGAAAAUUUAGUUGAAAAUCUUCUGAACUGGACAAGAGACAGUCAAAACAAACUAAUGUUUGUGGAACGUAUAGAGAAAUACGCACUUUUCAAGAAUCCCCAGAACUAUCUUCUGGGGAAAAAAGAAACCUCUGAGAUGGCAGACAGAAAUAAAGAGGUGCUGCUAGAGGAGUGUUUCUGUGGAAGUUCUGUAACUGUGCCAGAAAUUGAGGGAGUUUUGUGGCUGAAAGAGGAUGGUAAGAAGUCUUGGAAGAAACGUUACUUUCUUCUUCGAGCUUCUGGAAUCUAUUAUGUCCCUAAAGGGAAGGCAAAGGUCUCGCGGGAUCUUGUAUGCUUUCUACAGCUAGAUCAUGUCAACGUUUACUAUGGACAAGACUAUCGGAACAAAUACAAAGCACCCACAGACUAUUGUUUAGUGCUGAAGCAUCCUCAGAUCCAGAAGAAAUCCCAGUAUAUCAAGUAUCUUUGUUGUGAUGAUGUAAGAACUCUACACCAAUGGAUCAAUGGCAUCCGCAUUGCUAAGUAUGGGAAGCAACUGUACAUGAAUUAUCAGGAAGCACUGAAGAGAACAGAAUCGGCAUAUGACUGGACUUCCUUGUCUAGCUCCAGUAUCAAGUCAGGCUCCAGCUCAUCUAGUUUGCCAGAAUCUCAAUCAAAUCAUUCUAAUCAGUCUGACAGUGGAGUUUCUGACACCCAGCCAACUGGACAUGUCCGUUCCCAAAGUAUUGUCAGCUCCAUGUUCUCUGAGGCCUGGAAGCGAGGCACUCAACUGGAGGAAUCCAGCAAGGUAACAAGAAGACUUUAGUUUGAGAACCAACACCCAACAAAAUGCACAAGACAGAGUGUUACCUCUUCCACCUCUGUCUGGAAUGGGGUGGAUUUUUUUUCUCUUUAUUACUCUAUAUUAUUUGCAUACACUGCUGCAUACAUUUUUUUUCAGGAAUCACUUUUUCAGGGAGUUCAGACAUGAAACCUUCUGCUCUUGUUUUUAUUAGUGUGCACAGAACCCCCCUGGUGUUUGAAGGCAUGAGACAGUCCUUCCCAAGAAUCCUAUUAAUUAGUGUUGAGUAAAGACCAAAUAAAAAGAUCAGCUGUUAAUAAGCUGAUGAAUUAAAUUAAUUUAUUAAGAUCUUUCUUCAGUUAACUAGUCAUAUUUUUCCAUUGUAAAGAUGUAAAUGACAGAUCUGGAGGCAGGUACACCUAUUUAAGACGUGCUCCAAUGUUUUUAUUCCAAUGGUUGCUAUUAUAUUCUGUGGAAAUGGAAGCAGUAAACAUAGACACGGUUAAAGCAGAAGUACUAAAAUUGAAAGUAAUUGUGGAUUGAGACAGAUUUGAUAUCUGCUGUUGCUGGUAGAGAGUUAAAAAAGAAAGUAACCCAUCGACUCCGAGAGUCUGUGGUGGUUUGGUUAGUUUUAUGUCUGGUAGUUGGCUGGUGUAGUUCUUGGGGAGUACCUGCACACGCAGCGGAACCACCACUUCAGCUGGUUGGUUGUCAGGCUUAAAGGAAUUUCCAGGUUCCUGAACAGCCAUGAUACAGGUAUUAACUGCAGCAGUUAUGUGUGGAAGUGUAUUGGCAGGAUGCUGUGGGAAGCCAUCUUCUCUCCUGUCAGUCUCAAAUCUUUCCCAAACUUCAGGUUCAAGCUAGAUAGAGAAGGAGGCUUUUUAAAAAUAAAACCAUGGGUCACUACACCUCAUAUUGGUGCAUCAGAUAAAUAACUAGAAAUAAGACACAACAUCACAUUUUCAAAUAAAAAAGCACAGGUGGCACAAUGUGAAAACUCACUUGGCUCUGUUCUUUGGGAUUUAUAACUUUUCUGCAGUGCCUGCUGGCUUGGAAAUCAUCUGAUUGUAAUAGUGAUGUAGUACUUGGCCCAGGAAUGUAGCUUACUAAACUGUGAUUCAAAUUUUUUCUACUGCAUGUGUGCAACACCUGCUGCAUGUUCAUCAGCAGAUGGCUUGUGUAUGUGUACAGGGUGCAUCAUAUCUGCAGGGACUGGGUUGAUGGAAAAGACAGGGCACUCAAGUCUGUCUAGCAUGUAUCCAACAGAGGUGGAAGAGUACUGCUAUGAGAACUGUCAUGUUACUGUUUUCUGAAGUUUUGUUUUUAAUGUGAACUCUUUGCUACUACGCUCUGUGAACUUCUGGAGAAAAUUUUGAGAUUAGCACUAUGGACCGCAACAAGUCCAUAGUGCUGCUGGCAAUUGCUCAUUUAAAUAAACCCCCAUAAUUUUUAUGUUAUCUGAUUAAAGCAUUUUUACAAAUAAAAUAUUCAGACUGCUCCCUAUCAAAGGCCA